AUGGCAGAGGGGCAGGCGCCGCCGCCCACCUCGGCGGUGCUCAUGUCGCUGUCCAAGCACAUUGCGGUGCGGUGCGCCAAGGUCAGCCGCGUGUACAUGGCCUGCAAGGAUAAGGAUGCCAACCCACAGACUUGCCUGGAGCAGGGCGACGCGGUCACCAGCUGUGUCAUCGACCUGCUGAAGGAGGUGAAUGCCAAGUGCCCCGAGCAACUCAAAGCAUACUACGAGUGCAUGGACUACUAUAGCAACCGGUUCACCAAGUGCCGCAAGGAACAGACAGAUUUUGAAGAGAGCUGUCCUGUGUCCUAG